AUGGCGGAACUUGACUCGAUACUUAAAAGUUACGCCGCCUCAGGAAGGGACACCAAGGACAAAGUUCUCGGGGUCUCGUUCAUGGUUGUGAACGAAAAAGACGUCCUUUACGAGGGCUCAGCCGGCCGAAUCGACCACAAUCAUGAAGCGGCGCGAUACACGCCGGAUACUUUCACAUACGUGGCCUCCCUGACCAAGCUUUUAACUGCCACUUGCAUUUUGCAGCUCGUCGAGCGCGGUCAGAUCACCAUUGACGAAGACUUGAGGCUACGACUUCCCUUUCUGUCCGACGUACAAAUCCUCCGCGGGUUCGAUGGAGACGAUAAGCCCAUCUUGGAAAAUAACCACCGCCCAAUCACGCUCCGGCAUCUUCUGACACACACUUCUGGCCUGACCUAUGACAUCCCCUCUGAGCCGCUCAUGAAAUGGCGCAAAGCUGUUGGGCGGCACAAGGUUAACCUGACAUGGUCGGAAGAAGGCUUCUCGACGCCGCUCCUGUUUGAGCCUGGAACACAGUGGCUAUAUGGCACAGGGAUUGACUGGGCUGGGCAAUUGCUCGAGAAGGUUACCGGGCAGACAUUGCAGCAGUACAUGACAGCGAACAUCUUCGAGGUCCUGGGAAUGCGCGACACUACCCUUCGGCCAAAGCUGUCAGCCGACCAAGCGGAACGAGUAGUUAGGACGGCUAGCUUUGCCUUUCGCUCACCGGGCGGUACUCUAGAAGCAGGCCCAUCGCCACUGCCGGAUGAUCACCCUGCCGAGAGUGGCGGCUCGGGGCUAUUCUCGACCGCGAGGGACUACGCGAAGCUGCUCCAAGGGCUGAUGCAGGGCAAGCUACUCGGUAGAGAAGGGAUGGAGAUGUUGUUCAGGCCGCAGCUUGACGAAUCACUUCAGAAGGACUUGAUGGACAAGGUCGCAAGCAUGCCGGAAGGCUAUGCCCCCGAGUACCCCAUCGGAAUGCCAGCCAACUUUGCCUUCGGCGGAAUGUUGAAUUUGGAGGAUAUCCCGGGCAGGAGAAAGGCAGGAAGCAUGAUGUGGAGUGGGGUGGCUAACUCUCACUGGUGGCUUGACCCUUCUACGGGCAUCGCGGGCGUCAUGGUAGUCACACUGCUUCCCUACGCGGACCACGUUGCUAACGACCUCUACUCAAAACUGGAAACCGCGGUGUAUAAGCACCUCGUUUCCGGAUCCCGUCCUGCUGAUGGACUAGAGACGUAA